AUGGGCUGUGCUGUUUCAGAAGAAGAAGAAUAUGACAAGCCUCCACGGUGCAGGGCGGGACAAGAUAUUGUGCUGCAGUCACCUGUCGACUGGGUGCUUUUGGAUGGCCGAGAAAGCUCAGAUGACCGUGGGAUUGUGCAGUACGAGUGGACGCUGCUGCAAGGCGACUCAUCGGUUGAAAUGAAGGUACCACAGCCAGGAACACUGAAACUAUCCCACGUCCAGGAGGGCGGGUAUAUUUUCCAGCUAACUGUGACGGACACUGCAGGUCAGCGGAGCUCUGACAACGUCUCUGUAACCGUUCUGCCCAUGGUUCAUUCCGCAGUAGCCUGUGUCGGGGUUUGCUCUCGCUACCAGUUUAUCUGCGAUGAUGGCUGCUGCAUUGACAUCACAUUUGCUUGCGAUGGCGUGAGACAGUGUCCUGAUGGAUCGGAUGAAACUUUCUGCCAGAACUUCAGCCCGGGCCGGAAGACUGUGACUCAUGCGGCUCUUGGCACUACGCAGCAAAGGACUGUAAACACAGAUGAAAAAUUCUCUGCAGAAAACACCCUGAAAGCCACUGCCAGAAAUCAGCCGCUUUUUUCAGUGGACGCAGACAUGUCUAACCAAUCGCUUUCUCAGGGACCAAAGAAACAAAUCAGUGGAUUUGUGCCAGAUAACAGUUCCUCAGGGAAAAGAACAGAUGAUAAAAAUGGGAAUGGCAUAAUUGUGCCAAAGAGAAAUCAGCCUGGAGGUGGUCGUCCAGUCCCAGAAACAGGUGCUGUGUUACCCUUAGCCUUAGGCUUGGCCAUCACUGCUUUACUGCUGCUUAUGGUUGCUUGCAGACUGCGUUUAGUGAGACAGAAGCUUAAAAAAGCUCGACCCAUUACAUCUGAAGAGUCCGAUUACCUCAUCAAUGGGAUGUAUCUCUAA